AAGGCGAAGAAACUGAAUUACCGGCGUUGAAAAUGAAUUGGAAAACUGAUUGAUUUAAAAAAUUUUUAAUAGUUUGAUCAUUGAAAAUGGCAGUGUCCUUUUGUGGUAAAAGAUUGAUUCUGACAAGAUCUAGUCUCCUAAGAACUCCAAAAAGAAAUGGAUACAUCGUAUUAGUACCUGAAUUUGGAGAAGAUCUACCUGAGAAAAAUCCAUUACUAAAAGAAGAUGGUUUCCCCCAGUUCAAUCGGAUCACUAUUGAAAAAUGGGUAGCUUGGGUGGGAACCCAGGCAGUUGAAUAUGAGCAACGUAUCAGAUUGAUAGAUGAGGCUGUUGGAAAAUCAGAAAAUACCGAUGUAUUUGAGGAUGUGGUAAUUCCAUUGGAAGAGGCUACGGCUCCUUUGGAUACCACAUGGGGAUUGGCAAAGGCCCUGUAUCUUGGUAACCAGAGUCUGAUGCCACCAAAAUGUUACUCAAAUAUCCACAAUAGGUCAAAGGCUGCAAAAUCUUCGAGGUAUGGAGGUCUGGCAAUCUAUAAAGCCUUCAAAAAUGCCAUGGAAGAUAAGAAACUCAAUUUGACCGAAGAACAGAGAAGACUUAUCAGGAAAUAUGUCUUGGAAGGAAAAUUGAAUGGUGCUGAGAUUGCUCCAACCGAUAAAAUGCCAGCAUUUGUGGAGGGCAACCAUCAAAUCUCGAAUAGACAGGGAGAAUUCUCGCAAAAACUUGAAAUUGCUACCCGGCAAUUUAACCAGAAAAUCAGAGAUCCCAAUGUUAUGAAAGACUUCCCAGAAGAGUAUUUAAAAGUCAUAGCUGUAGAUCCAUCACAACCACAGAAAGGUCCUUGGACAGUAACUUUACAGCCAUAUAUAAAGGAAACUUUCUAUGAAUACUGUCCUGAUAGUGUGCUAAAACAGACUGUUUGGAAGGCUGACGUUCGCCGGUGUGCACAUUUCAACGACAGGUUCUUAGAAACGAGCACAACUCUGGAACACAUCAGAGACUACCGUAAAAGCAAGGCAGAAUUCUUAGGGUAUAAAUCAUUCGCCCACAUGAGCAUGGAAACUAAAAUGGCAGGAAGCAUAGAGAACGUCUAUAAUUUUUUCGAUACGAUACUCGAAAUAGCAAAGCCUGCUCAGAUUGAAGAAUUGAACGAUCUGAAAGGAUUCGCGAUAGACAGAGGUUUUUUCGGUGACCUCAACAUUUGGGAUGUACCAUACUGGGGCAGAAAACAGAAACGUACAUUAUACAGUUUGAAGGAAGAAGAACUGAAGGAGUACUUUACCCUACCACAAGUCUUGUCUAGUCUCUUCAGACUGAGCGAAAGAAUAUUCGACGUAAAGUUCGUGGAAAGAAAAACAGUCGAUGUGUGGAACCAGGAUGUCCGACUUUUCGACAUUUUAGAAUCUAACAGUUCAGAACCGGUGGCCAGUUUUUAUUUAGAUCCUUACGAAAGGCCGAACGAAAAGCCGGGAAUUCAAGAAAAUUCUGGAUGGAUGGUUGCCAUGAGAAAUAAGAGUGUCAUAACACAUAGCAACCCUCUGGCAGCUUUAAUUUUUAACUUCCAACCCCCCAAACAGGGAAAACCCUGUCUACUUUCGUUUAAAGAUCUACAGGUUUUAUUUUCUAAGUUUGGCCAUGCCCUGCAACACUUGCUAACCAGAGCAAAUUAUUCCGACGUUGCGGGAUUAUCAAACGUGGAGUGGGAUGCCGUUGAAAUAAGUAGCAAUUUCAUGUUGAAUUGGCUGUACGAACCAUCGACGUUGAAAGAUAUUGGGGCUCAUUACGAAACGGGAGAAGCAUUGCCCAAAGAGGUAAUCGACGGAUUGACAAAGAUCAGAUCUCACUUGGCCGGCUUUUCGCUUUGCAAAGAAAUUUAUUUGGGGAGACUCGACAUGGAGUUGCAUUCAACUGAGAAAUUUUGGCGAGACAUCAUACGAGAUCUCUGGCCGCAACACAUAGGAUUUCCAAUUUACGAUUAUGAUGCUCAUCCCUGUACGUUCGGUGAAAUAUUCAGCGGAGACUGGGGUGCGGCAUAUUACAGCCAUUUGUGGGCGCGUAUGGUAGCCGCGGAUGUUUACGGCGCGUUCCAAGAACUACCACCUGGUAACGAAGAACAGCAAUCGGUUGUUGGCAAAAGAUAUAGAGAAACUUUCUUGUCAUCCGGCGGUGGUUGUCAUCCCAGUGAAUUAUUCCGGAAAUUUAGAGGGAGAGAUCCAAAUCCGAAAGCCCUUCUAAAAAACUUAGAAUUAAAAACGCUGGCGAAGACAGAAUAAACCUACAUCAGUGAUCGAACUUGUUACUGUACAACGAAAAAGCUGUAUUUCUGCAGCUGUUGCAAGUAGUGGCUGGAUGUAUGGGAGAAUAUUACAUUUCUCCCAGACGCUCGUACCGAUUGAAAUACGAUAAGUUCUUCAGAGAUGAAACCGUUGCGGUGUAAUCUGUUGGGAAAACUCGAUCUAAGCCUUCUUGAUAACGACAAGUAACAGCUGGAGCCAAUCUUGAUGUCGGCAAAGGCUGAAAUAACGAAUCUACAGUGAACCCAACUAAUCCUAAGUUUAACUGUGUACAUAAAUUUAAUACAGUCGUAGGUGUAUCGCAAAUAAAAUUUUAUCCUACGAUCAGA